AUUUCCCUCUAGCGCUCGGAGCUUGUAUUAUAUCACAGAGCCUCAUCAUGGCGGCACAGACCCGGGCUCUGGUGUCAAGUCAGUGGCUAGCAGAUGCAGUCAGGAACAACCUGGUCGGGCCAAAGCUUCGGGUUCUGGACACUUCGUGGUACCUACCCAAAACGAAACGGGACCCGAGAGCGGAGUUUGCGCAGAAGCACAUACCGGGCUCCUCGUUCUUUGACAUAGACGAGUGCUGUGACAAGACCUCUCCUUUAGAUCACAUGCUGCCAACUUCCAGCCACUUCUCGCAGUAUGUUGGGGGUCUGGGCAUCGGCAACGACACGCACGUAGUCGUGUACGACACCAGCGACUUCGGGUCGUUCAGCGCGCCCCGGGUGUGGUGGAUGUUCCGGCUGUUCGGACACAGUUUGGUGUCGGUGCUGGACGGCGGGAUGAGGAACUGGCUGGCUGACGGCUACCCGGUGGCGUCUGAGUACUCCAAGCCGGAGCGUAGAGAGUUCAAGGCGACCCUGAAUCAGUCGUGGGUGAAGAGCUACGAGGACGUGCUGGAGAAUAUCAAAACCAAGCAGGUCCAGACGGUGGACGCAAGGUCCGCUGGGAGGUUCAGGGGGACUGAGCCGGAGCCCAGAGAGGACACACUGCCGGGCCAUUUCCCCGGUGCCGUCAACAUGCCAUUCACUUCUUUCAUGGAUGCCUCUGGGAAGGAGCUGGGAACCGAGGGCCUGUCCAGACUGUUCAGGGAGGCAGGGGUGGACCUGGAGCAACCACUCUGGGCUUCCUGUGGUUCUGGUGUCACAGCGUGUCAUGUUGUUCUGGCGGCUCACCUGCUGGGACACCCCGGGGUGUGUGUUUAUGAUGGCUCCUGGUCUGAAUGGUUCAAAAGGGCUUCUCCUGAUCACAUCCUCUCAGAGGGAGAAGGAAAGAAGCUGUGAAUGGAAGCGGAAAGGCAGUGGACUUGCACAACCAAGGAUGUGAUGAUAUUUUUACAAGGGAAAGCAGUGUGUUUGCUGUCAGCAAGGGUGAUAGAUCAAGAGUAACUAGCCUUAUAAUGUACUUUCUGCUAAUACUAAGGAGAUAGUACAAGCUGUGAGCGGGUUGCACAGCAAGCUUGUUGUGAAACCUAAUUACUAACUCAACAGUUGCAAGUUUCCUCACAAACAUUCAAUGAACAUCUCUUCUACACUAUGCAACCUAUUUAACUUUCCAUUCUUUUAGACACGUUUAUACUACCAUGAUGUAACAUGUUUCUGUCUAGUUUAUCUCAACAUGUUUGCAAUGUUAAAAGGUUCAGCAUUAUUAGGCCAGUGAACGUUUGAUUCUUGGAAGAACUGCACUUUUUGAUAGGAGGAGGUCAGAUGGAUAUAUUGAAUUCUUUUACAAAUGUUACAAUAAAUGGCUGCUUGAG